AUGGCACUCGACACUGCCAGCAGAGGAGAUUUUUCUACUAACAUUGCCGCUGAAGCAAACCUCUUGAUCGAAAACCUUGCAACGAGUAACAGCAAUCAUAGCCAUGAGUAUGAUUGUUUUGUGCAUGUUGUUAACUCCGUGAAUACAGAUGUUAUUAAGAGUCUCACUGCCGAGGUAGAUCUUCUUUUGAAGAGAGAUCAGCAAGCUGUCAACAUGUGCGACGGGCAGAUGGGUGUGUAUCAGCAAGUUGGAGUAAAUUCAGGUUUUGAGGGGACAGAGGAGCUGAACUAUGUAAGAGGAAAAGGGAACUAUCAGAAUCAUGGGUUUAAUCAGAAUUAUAGAAAUAAUCCUAAUCUCUCCUACAGAAGCACCAACGUUGAGAAUCCUCAGGAUCAGCUGUAUCCUCCACAUAAUCAACAAGGUAACUUCCCGCAAGUAUUUCAGAACAAGGGUGCUGGAUUUAAUAGCUCAAAUGUCCAAGGAUACCACGCUCCAUCUGCAGCUCCACAAGAUAACAAACUCGAAUUGAUGAUGCAAGUACUGCUGGACGGCCAUAAGAAAAGUUCUGAUGAGAUUAAUGUCAAGAUUGAUAGCAUGUACAAUGAUUUGAAUAGGAAAUUUGAGAGGUUGAGUUCACGUGUUGAUUCCAUUGAUAAGAGAGUCUCUGCUAUUUCUUCUAGAUCUAAGAACAAAGAUUCAUGCAAUGCUAUAACACUCCAUGGUGGAAUCGAAGAUGGGCUGAGUUGUGCUGUGAUCAACUCACGUUUGGCUUCCUCAGAGACAGGAUCGAUCAGUCCUGAGCCUAGACCGGCCAGUCCCAUCCAUUCUGAUAAUUCGAGUCUGAUUUCUAGAGAAGUUGGAUCGACCAUUCCCCCUAUAGAUCAGUCGUUCCCAUCAAUAACGCAGAACCUGUCUUGGAAAGUCUCAGAUCGACCGAUCUACGUCCAGACCGAUGCUAGGGAGUCACUUCUUGUGGAACCAAAUCCCAAUAGGCCACAAAUUCCUUUUCCAAGAAGACAUGUGAAGAAACCUCUCGAUGAAACGAAAGGCAGUAAAGCAUAUAUAUUUGUUAAGAAGGUUUACAAUGAUGUUGUGGUUGAAGAAAAGGAUUUGGUGAAGGUUAAGGCGUUCUUGGCUCGAGAGAAGAACAUUCAUGCUCCAGCUUUGAAAAGACUACCCAAAUUAGAAGAUCCAGGAAAAUUUGUUGUUCCAUGCUCCAUCUUAGGAGUGAACUUUGAGGAUUCCCUUUGUGAUAUUAGAUCCAGUGUGAAUGUAAUGUCUAAGGCUGUUGUAGAGAGGUUGGGUAUUGCUGAUAUGAAGGCUUCUAAGGUCUCUCUAAAGUUUGCAAAUGUUGUCACCACGACUCCACAAGGCUUCAUUAAUAAUUUAGAUGUUCGAGUUGGGAGUUGCUUGGUUGCUACAGAAUUUCACGUUGUGGAAAUGAGCAAGGGUUCUGAAAUGCCUUUGAUUCUUAGGAGACCUUUCCUAGCAACAGUGGGAGCAGUUGUUGACUUGCCUAAUAAGAGGAUAACUUUCUCUAACAUUGAUGAUAAGGUCUUCUACAACGCAAUCACUGCAAAUGAGGCUAUACGACAUGGCUCUUCUCUAGUUGUAGAACAUGAGAAGAAGGUGGAUGUCAUGAUAAUGGGAGAGAAUAGUGAUAAGAAUGAGGUCGAAGAAGUCCUGGAUGGAGACAUUCAUUCUCCUGGGAAGAGGUCUAAGAAGGUUAAGAAGAGAGACAGGCAGAAGAUAGAGAGAGCGAUACGAGAUCUUUGUGUAACCUUGGUACCCCAGAAAUAUGUUAGAGACACCAUUGAGUACAAGGUGAAGUGUAAAGGAAUAUCUCGGCCUUUCUCUAAAGUUAAAGGCAUCCUCACUCCAGAGUUUAAAGAGAAAGGCCAAGAAGCAAUGGAUGAUAUGCUGAAAAAAAAUCUGGAGCUUAAGCUGACGAAUUGGAGAACUUGUUCUGAUAUGAGUUCUCAUCCUCCUAUCACUUGA